GUACAUGUUGAGUUGUCUUAAACUAUAGUUCUCCAGCCCUUCUGAAGCUCUUCACUGCUUUUUUACUCACCUUCAGUCCAGUCCUUGUUCCUGACCAUUUUCAAGCCACUCAACACACGAUUAUGAACACAGAAAGGUACCAUCAGAUUUUGAUCCACUAUGUAGUACCAUCUGGAAACCAUCUGAUUGGCAACAUCUUCAUUGUUCGUCAUGAUGAUGAUUCCAAACACACUGUUAAUGCAGUAAAAACAUACCUGAUAGAAAAACCCACAGUGAAACACCCGAACUGCAACAUCAUUGAAGCAGCGUGGAAUCAUUUUGACAGAGAAUAGAACAAAAGCCAGCCAACAGCCAAAGUAGAGCUCUGUAGGUCCUAUAUUAUGUUUCAUCGUUAUACCUAUUAAAAUGUAAAGAAAUGAUAGCAGUACUGCAUAUUUUUAGCUUUAUUAAAUAAAAUCCACAGGAAUACUAGUUAUUGUGAAAGGUUACAGUUAGUGUACUGUUUUUCCCUAGUGGUAAGAACUGAUAUGUUUAUAGAUUAAACUUCGAAAGAGCAGGAUUUAGAAGAAAGCCAAACAAUUGUGGGUAAUGUAUUCUGAACGAUGCACUAUUUCUAAAAUUGUGGUUUCAAUGUAACCACACCUUCACUCAUUAACUUAUUAGGAGCUUAUAUUUACAUUAGGUUGUUUCAACAGUUUCUCCUUUUCCAUAGUUUGAUAGAGGUGAUUGUUCGAGAGAAAUGAGAGUUUCCUCUUGGUGAAGGAAAAAAAGCCAACAAAUCCUCAGACUGUACUUAAAUUAUGCCUCAGUCAGCAGAGACAAAGUUUCACUUCCUGAUGUUAAGUUGGUGUCUGUGAUUAACAAGAGAAAGAUAAAGAAGAUAAACAGAGCAAGUAUCUGUGAAACCAGCAAAAACACCAACCCUAACCCACAUAGCAACAAACAGUAACUUUUAUUAAAUGCUUCCUGUUUCAUGUAAUGAUGGUGUUAAUGUGGGUGGAACAGUUUCACCACACACACACACUUUCUGGCACGACAGCUUUAACUGCAGACUGCAAACAUUCCAGUCGGGAACAGUUCAACACCAGUUAGGAAGAUGCUGCUUGUGCUUGGGAUCUUCUUCCUGCUCUUUUCUCCAGCGCUGCCACUGAAGUGCUACGUGUGCAGCUCAUCGGCAACCAAUGAAGAAUGCAACCAGAGUACCCAGGAGUGUAAAGCACCUCUCAACACAUGCAUGACUGUCGUCGACACUUUCGAUACAGCGACAGCCAUAACAAAGCAGUGUGCCAGCCAGGCCACGUGCAGAGGAGCUGCCUCCACCGCCUCAGUCGACUCCAACGGAAACGGGAACGCCGUCAGCUGCUGCAGCAGCUAUGACUUGUGUAACUUCAGCAAAGCCGACUCCAUCAACAGAAACAACAAACUGCUGCUCCUGACUGUCGGUGUGGGAUUUCUGCUGUCACGCUGAGCUCAGUGGGAUGCGCAAACCGUACAAACUGCACCGCUGCCGUCUCCACACUACCUGCAAUCUUAUGCAUCUUGUAAAUACUGUUUAUAUUCGAGGCUGUUUAACAAAAAGCUUUUAAAAUAUCACUGUGUACUCCACAUGCACAAUUAGAUAUCGUAGUAUUUAUAAUACUGACAGACAGGGCUAGUUGUUACACGUUAAAGGGUUCAAAAAUUGACUUUAGCUUUUAAUUCCACAAAAGGUAAAGGCAGUAAGCUUAUAUUAGCUUAUCUGACAGAAAUCUACGGAUUUCUGGUUUUCCUGGAGAUUUGAUCGUCAAAAAUGUCUAUUAUGCUCAAGAAAUGACAGCCCAGUUAAAAAAAUGAAUGAAUAUAGACAUUAGUUGCUUAAAAUGCUUAUGAUUGCUUAUGAUUUUCCUUAGUUUACUGUAGUUUCAUUUUAAUUGAGAGAGAGAGACAGAACAAGAAAAUAAAUAUAUUGAUUUGCAUGUCAGUGAGUGAAAGUAUUUGAUCCUAAAACAUGACUUAGUACUUGAUGGAGAAACCCAUGUUGGCUGCACAGCGGUAAGGAUGUUUCUUGUAGUUGGUCACCAGGUUUGGACACAUCUCAGGAGGGAUUUUGGUCAGGCGGAUGCCUGAGAGCUCAUUUUGAUUUCAUCUGACCAAAGCUUUUUCUCCCAGGGCUUCUCUGAAUCUCACAUGCACCUUCCAGAGCAGGGAUCUUUCAGGUGCUGUAAGAUUUCAGCCAUUUCCACCAUCAUAUCUCCACUGAAACUUCAGCAGCCCAUCCUUAACACUAAAAUCCAUGCUUGUGCAAGCAACAGCAUUGUUGUACAACAGGUUAUUAUUGUUAUAUACAGUGCAAUGUGUCCUUUCUUAUUGUGAGAAAGUCUAAUUCUCUUCUUUAUGAUUUUCUGAAUGCUCUUUAAAAACAUCUACGCCAACAUUAACUUGAAAUUAUAAAUAUUAAUCCUAAAAGGCACUUUAAAUAAAUCCCAAUCAACUACAAA